UUUUCAUUUCACAAAAAUGCUCCCAUGGUGUAUACUCCUCAUGGCAGUCGUUCCUGUCGUUGCCGAUCCGUUGGCCACGACUUAUGCCAUCCAUUCAUCUUGUUCUCCAUACCCAGCAGUUUUGCAAGCUGUCACUGAAGCUAUCAAGAUGGCUUCUCUAGCUAGCCAGCACCUGGAAGCCGAAGAUGACUGGGAGAAAUACGACACAUUCGGCCUUGGAGCUGCCUUCAGGCUUGUCUGGAACAUUGCUGAUCGUGACGAUUACGAAGUUGCACUUGACCAAGUGAGCACAAUCUUUGGAAGUAUUGCCGAAACCCGUCCGGGAGAUUCGUUCUCCGGCGCAGAUAUUCACAUUUACUGCGACAAUGAUGAGCGAUGGAAACUCGCCAAAGAUCGAACAGCCCUAGGCCCGCUCAUGCAAGGAGACCCUGCGCCCCUGCCCAAUUCCAGAGAACAUCCAGACCAACAGAUCUGGGUCGACAACACAAGUGGUGUUUACCAUAUCGGCAUACCUGCAUGUUUCUACGACACAACCGCAGUAACAUAUACGAAGGCUAUACGCUCGCCGUUCCACUCCAGGCCACCUGCCCGGCGCGCCGCAAUCACAAUCUGCAAUGAUGGGUUGAAGCGAUACUCAACGCUCGAUGGGUACAUUGAUAUAAAGACAGGUAUUGACCUCUCUAAAAUCGGUGUGGGCGCCGUCUCUGUGUUUCUAAGCCACACAAUCCUACACGAGCUGACGCAUACACUACCAUAUGAAGUCAAUGAUGACGAGGACAACCCGUAUGGGUGGGAACACUCGAUUCAGAAGCACACGGAUGCGGCGCUCGACAAUGCAGAUAACUAUGCGUAUUUCGGAGCGCUGGCGCUGUUGUUUGAGAAAGGAUAUAUGCUCACACCGGAUGCCAUAGGGGCGGAGAUGGGCGUCUUGGUUCAGAGGCCACGCGAAAGAAAUCUGUCACCGGUUUAGACUUAAUUGUACGGGUUGCCACUUUUGUAUGUUCCAU